CCACAUAUACUCCAGACUCCGGACAUCGUCCCUUUAUCUCGCGAUAAAAACUCGUUUCUUGUCAACCAACAAAGUCCCCAGUUUGGGCCACACGGUGAAGUUAUCAUUGUUAACUAAUGACUCAUAACUGACUCCUGACUUCAUCUCUGAAAUCUUUCCUUUCCAGGCUUUUCUUCUUCUUCUUCUUCUUCUUCUUCCUACAUCCUGCCCCGCCUACCCCGCGUUUCCUUCUUCUUCUUCUUCUUCUUCUUCUUCUCAUCCUCGACUCGACACUCUUCAGCUCAAAUCAUCUCAUCUUUAAUCUCAAUCAUAAUGCCACCCAUCAUCCAUUGUGUUCGCCACGCUCAGGGAUUCCACAACCUCUGCACUGCCAACCACACCAUCCCCGACCCUCUCCUCACCGAUCUUGGAAACGAACAAUGCCGCAAACUCUACAAUACCUUCCCCCGCCAUGACCAGGUCGACCUCGUGGUCGCCUCCCCGCUCCGUCGGACCAUGUACACAGCCCUGCAGAGCUUCGAGCCAGUUUUCAAGGCCAACCCAGACAUGAAGUUGAUUCUGCUGCCGGAUAUCCAGGAGACCAGUGAUGUUCCUUGCGACACGGGCACGGACCCUGCCCUGCUACAGAAGGAGAUUGACGAGAAGGGAUUGCCUGUUGAUGCGAGUUUGGUGCAUGAGGGGUGGAACGUGAAGGAGGGUCGCUACGCCCCAACCAACCAUGCCAUCAAGGAACGCGCACGCGAUGCUCGACGCUGGCUGAAGGCUAGACCGGAGAAGGAGAUUAUUAUGGUUUCCCACGGCGGCGUCCUACAUUAUUUUACCGAAGACUGGGAGGACAGCAGCCAAUACCAGGGAACCGGCUGGACGAACACCGAAUACCGUACCUACACUUUCACCGAAAAGAUCGAUCUCGAUGACCUGGAAGGAUACACCCUUGAAUCAGACAACGCCUCUUUGGUAGAGACCAUUGAAUCGCGCCAACGUCGUGGCAAAGACGGACCCAUGAUCGAUCGCGAGCAACAAAAGACAUUGUACAAAAAGGGAGUCCAGGGCUGGGACGACCAGGGCUUGCAGCUUAGCACGGCCGAGCGCGAGGCUGCCAAGGUCCCGCAGGGCGAGGAGGUGAACGGGGUGCGGGUAUAGACGAACCAACGAACUACGAGAGGAGACGAAGAAGAACAAGAACCUGGGUUAAAACAUAGUACUUUGUAAAGAUGCUUGGACAUAGAUCACAAU